GCCUUAUAUAGUGCAGAGUUAUCCAGCUGCUCUGCCUUGGGACCGAGAGAUUAGAGUGCAGCCACACUAUCUGCCCGUCUUUAUUCCCCUGUUUGAAUAAGAAGCCCAAGAAGAGCUUCUCUGCUCCACAGAUCUCUGUCUCUACUUCUAUCCAGUCAGGCAGCACAAGAGUCAAAAUGAACGGCACGACUGAUGAGAACUACGAGCACGCUGCCUUUAAUGACGGCUCCUUCAUGUUUACCUCGGAGUCUGUGGGAGAGGGGCACCCUGAUAAGAUAUGUGACCAGAUCAGUGAUGCUGUGCUGGAUGCUCACCUGAAGCAGGACCCGGAUGCCAAAGUGGCCUGUGAGACGGUGUGUAAGACCGGCAUGGUGCUGCUUUGUGGUGAGAUCACGUCCCGAGCCAACGUGGACUACCAGAAGGUGGUGAGGGAAACCAUCCGGAACAUCGGGUAUGACAACUCAGACAAAGGCUUUGAUUAUAAGACCUGCAACGUGCUGGUGGCCCUGGAGCAGCAGUCCCCUGACAUCGCCCAGGGAGUUCAUAUUGAUCGUCUGGAGAAUGACAUUGGAGCUGGAGACCAGGGUCUGAUGUUUGGGUACGCUACAGAUGAGACAGAGGAGUGCAUGCCCCUCACCGUCGUCCUCGCACACAAACUCAACUCCAAGAUGGCCGAACUGAGACGUAACGGGACCGUCCCCUGGCUCCGCCCGGAUUCCAAGACACAGGUGACGGUGCACUACACCCAAGAGAACGGCGCUGUGAUCCCCAGGAGGGUUCACACUGUGGUGAUCUCAGUGCAGCACGACGACGAAGUGUGCCUGGAGGAGCAGAAGGAGGUCUUGAAGGAAAAGGUCAUCAAAGCUGUGGUCCCCUCCAAGUACCUGGACGAGAACACCGUCUACCACCUGCAGCCCAGCGGACGCUUUGUGAUCGGGGGGCCUCAGGGCGAUGCUGGAGUGACGGGCAGGAAAAUCAUCGUGGACACAUACGGUGGUUGGGGGGCUCACGGUGGGGGAGCUUUCUCUGGGAAGGACUGCACCAAAGUGGACCGCUCCGCUGCCUACGCUGCUCGCUGGGUGGCUAAAUCUCUGGUGAAGGCCAAACUGUGCAGGAGGGUGCUGGUGCAGGUGGCGUAUGCGAUCGGAGUGGCCCACCCUCUCUCCAUCUCCCUCUUCACCUAUGGCUCCUCUCAGCGGAGCGAGAAGGAGCUGCUGCAGGUUGUCAACAAAAACUUUGACCUCAGACCCGGCGUCAUCGUCAGAGAUCUGGACCUGAAGAGACCCAUCUACCAGAAGACGGCCUGCUACGGACAUUUUGGCAGGAAGGAGUUCCCCUGGGAGGUCCCAAAGACCCUCAACUUCUAGAGUAUAUGUGUGUAUGUGUGUGUGAGUGUGUCAGUGGUGUAUAGAUAGCUGUCCAUGUGACCCUGUAACCCAGUAAGAGAAAAUCAGAGGGAUGGGUCAGGGUGGGUGCAGACGAUCUCCCGUGAUUGGCCGAGCUGAAGAGGUUUCAUCAUCUGUACUUUAUGACCCUUCAAUAGUAACCUGAAAUAAGAGCAGGCUAUUUGGUAUUUUUGUCUCAUAGGUUCAGUGUCAGUCACAUGCCUGCAGUUUGUUUCACACAUAAAGUGGUUGCUUGCAACUGUUUCUGCCCUAGAAUAAGUGAAUGACCAAAUUUGAAGGGAGAGCAGCCAUGCAAAGGUUUUUAAAACACUUCUAAUGUCUUAAGAAAAAUAACAUUUGUUAUUUUUUCAGUAUUGAUGUAUACUGUACGAUGCUGGUUUCCUUCUGGAAGAUCUUAAAGUCAUUACAUACAUUUCAGCCUGAAAUCAAAUCUGUACCCUGAACAUACUGUGUUGGCCCAUGUUCAAGAUAAAAAAAUAUGUGACUUUAA